CUUUACAGAAACAGCUCGAGGAGCUUCAUCUGCAAGCCAGUACUUCCCGACGUCCAGAGCGGCUCGUUCAUAUAGCUUCCUCCCCGAGCCUUCUAUCCGGCCAGCGCGAGUUCCUUUUGUUCACCAAAGAUGGAGAAGGGCCAAUUCCAAAUGCAUCAGGAACCGCUAGUUCCGAACGCGGAGAACGAAGCAUCUGUACCGCCGACAGGUCAUAAUAAAGUCGCGUAUCGUGACUCCGAGUCCAGCAAGACAAAGCGUUUCAUUAACAUCUGGCUACCCCUCGUCGGACACGUCCUGCUCUGCCUCCUUGUCACCCUCACCGUUGCCUUCAAGCUAAACGGCUACAUGGCCCUCGCCUACGACUGGCAGCCUCGAAGCCAACCUGGCAACCACUACGUCUUCCGAGUUUCUGAUAUCACAACGCUCCUAUCCGUCGCUACGAGGUUGAUCGACUUUGUCGCCGGGAUGUGGACGGGCAUCCUCGCCUGGCGCUGCGCCUUGAUACUGCUAGAGAACCGCGGUUUGAGUGUGAAACACUUGGGCCAGAUAGUCGGCGGUCUGAAGCUUGGCCCGCUGAAGCGGCUGCGCGGGCUGGAGUGGCCCAUUGCCGUCGUGCUCCUCUUCAUCUUCCCACAGGCAUUUAUCGAGCCGCUUUUCUCGGGCAGCGUGAAUUGGAACUUUGCCGUCGACUACGCACCGAGCAUCCAGGUGCCAAAUCUUCCGGUCACGGUGAAAUCGCAAGAUUGGUUCUGGUAUCUAACACAAGGAAUCACCCGGAAACAAUACGUUCGUCAAGCCACCGGCCUGGCAGGCAUUAUGUGGAGCGCAACCGAUUCAGAGUUGUCGAAAGGAGGCACAGUGACAAGCCCCGGCGGUGUCACAUGCCGCCAUGUCAUGCCGAACCGGAUGCCAGUCAACUCGACGCUUCUGGAUGCGACGGUGCCCUGCAUCCAGAUCCACAACAUCACCUGGCCCACCGAAGUUGUGCCAAACGAUAUCAGGGGCUACGCAUGGUCAAAAGGCAACCAGCUGGGGGUGUUCGGAAACAACCCUUUUGACUACAUCCAGAGCGGCGUCGCUGCUCUGUUCAACCGCUCCCAGCCGAGGUGGAACACACCAUCAACCGUGAAAAUCCACCACAACAACGCCACGGCCACCUUCCCCAUAGCGACAAAGUGGAGCGGUAGCAUGACUGUCUUUCUACUUCUCGCGCGGCAGCGCAACACGAAUUGCUCUCCCGUACGGGCAAAUGCCUUUGGCAGCUCGUCAUACAUCACGAACCAUCUAUCCAACGUCUUCCCCGCCGACAGCAACUCGGUCGACGAGACAUGCUACACGUACGGCACGGUGCACUUCACCGCCGGCGUGAUGAAGGCGCCCAAGAGCAGUUUCGUAUCCGACCAGGUGGUAGAGUACAACCCCAGCGCCGCGGCCCCGGACGGCGCCCCUCGGCCGACCGAAGACGAGAUUGCGGCGGCCAUCGAGCCCUCGAUCUGGACCCGGGAGGCGCUGUGGCUGAUGACGGACGCCAUGGCCGACAUAGCCGUCAUGAACACGUCGCUGCUGCCGACGUGGGAGAACCUCGACAACUACACCGCCACCCUGAUCCGCUACGCCUACCUUGCCAACUGGGACUCGCUGCACGCGUCGUUCGACCAGGACGACGCAGCCAUGCUGACCGCCCAGCCCGCCCAGCCGCGCCUGCGGGCUUCCGUGUCGCUCACGCGCCUGUUCGUCUGGUUCGCCGUCACGCUGCUCGUGCCCGCCACGGGGGUCAUCGUCGGGUUCGUCCACUCUCGGUACUCUCGGCGCGGAAUGAUCGGGGGAACGGUGCCGUUGCUGUUUAUAGACUCGUCUGCGAUACUGGAGAGAUACCCAGACUUGUCCGCGAUGGGAGACGUCACAGAGGAGGACGAGCAGCGGUUGAGCGAGAUGGUCUUGCACCAGGUCUCGCCAAGCCAGCCUGGCUUCAGGCUCGGGCUUGGUACUGCUACCUAA